AUGUAUAAAUUAUUCAUACUUUUUUCAUUAUUGCUUGCAAUAACAACAAGCCAAAAAUUAAGUAUAACAUAAUGCACAUGUGCAUAAUUAUUAUCAGAAGGAGAUUGUAUAAAAAAUGCUUCAAUUAGAUGUUCUUGGAAUAGUACUACAAAAACUUGUGCAGUUUCAACUAUUCCAACAUUGACGUAUGCAACAUAUUGCGAUAGAUUUUCUGAAGCAAAUUGUCCAAAAAUUAAACCAUGCACAGAUUGUGGAAGUUAUGCUGCCUGCGCCUGGGUUGAAGGAUAAUGCACACAUUUCACCGGAUGCACAGCCUUUGCAAAAAAAACAGAACCUGAAUGUUAAGCAAUAAGUAAUAGAUGUAUUACAGAUGGAACUCAUUGUGUUGAACUUGAUGCUUGUAGUACAUACAAGAAACAACUUCCUUGUGUCAAAAAUGCAGCAGGAAGAUUGUGCUAUUGGGACACAACAAAUAAUACUUGUGUAGAUGCUAAUGCUUGUGAUAGAUUACCAAUUACAUUUGUUACAGAUAAAGAAUGUAGAGAUGUGAUACCAACUUGUACAACUAAAACUGGAGGUGGAUGUGUUGAUAGUGGAAAUAAUUGUAGUGAUUAAACAUUAGAAAUUUAAUGUGUUUGGAAUAAAUUAGGAACAAUGGCAUGUUAUUGGGAUGGAGCAGCAUGUAAAGAUAGAAUUUGUGAUAAUGCACCAACAACAUUAACAACUGAUGAAACAUGUAAAACCUUUAGAACUGAUGGAACAUGUACAACUAAACCUAAUGGAGGUUGUAUUACUAGAACUACUUGUGCAGCUGCAACUAUCUAAGCUGCAUGUGUUAAAAAUAGUUCAGGUGGUGAUUGUUNUAUACAUUAUUUUGACUUUUAUCAAUUAUCAAAUAUGUUAUAUUACAAUAUUAUUAAAAAAAUCCUCAAAACCUUCCUCUUACCCUCCAUGUUACUCGAAAUAUUUAAAAGACUUUCUUUGAUUCAAUAAAUUUAAACUCAAUUUGUUAAUACUAUUUUGAAAUUCUCUUUAAUCAUUGAUUUUAUCAACAAAUACUCUUUUUAAUAAAAUGAAAUCCUAAAAAUGCCCAAACAAUGA